AUAAAUUCAGACACUAAUAUUAUAGGAACAUUGUUGAAAAUUAAAAAGAUAGUUUGCCCUAACAAAACUCAAAUCAAUUUGGAGCUUAGAGGGAGGGGAGCAGAAUUCUAAAAAAAGGGCAUUACAGGUUGACGUGAACCAAGCAAAACAAAAGAGAAAUUCCUCUAAAUUUAGCGAAGACUCUUCUCCACCAGCCAAUUUUCACUUCUUUCUUUCUUUCCUUCUCUUUUACAUGAUAUAUAUAAAAAUAUUCUCCGCUAUCUAAAAUCAAAUAUUCCCUUCUAUAUCUCCCUCUCUUGCAUCUCUUGCCUUGCCUAGUAUUACUUCUUGCCCUGUUGACCACACUUGUUCUCGUAAGACACACAACACGCCCACAUUCCUUCACUGUUGACUUGUUUUGUAUCAAAAUACUGAGGUAAUUUCCUUAUUUCAGUGAUAAAUAAUGCUAGGAGAAAGUACAGUUAAUCCCUAUGGAGAAUUCAAGAUCAGUUUUGGUUAUAAAUGCAAUGCCCAUAAAGGUUGCUCUUGCCUGAUUCCUAAUGAGAUUGAAAACCUUCCCGGAAAAUUCCCUAGGAAUAGCAGCUUCUCUCGCUUGUCCGGUGCUGCCUUAAGUGCGAAUGCCACGUUGGCCAACACAAAUAUCUGCAAUGGUGUAAUAAGGGAAGAAAUACUUCCCAGCUGGGAUUCCCCUAAUUCAUUUCGCAGGAUUCCUUCUUCACCUACUCUUUCAAGGUUGGAUGUAUUAUCAUCUUCUCUUCAAAGCAGUAUGUCAAACCUAAGUUGCAGUCCAGCCACCUCCAGUCCACCUGAAUAUGAUUCUUCUUCACUAAGAUCCAUGAGUUCUCCUUGUAGAAAUGAAGGUUUUCUUAAUGCAAUGGAAGUUCAAGUUGCAGGUGGAGCUGCUGGCGAAGACAGGGUUCAAGCUGUCUGCUCUGAAGAAAAUGGUUGGCUUUUUUGCGCUAUCUUUGAUGGUUUCAAUGGAAGAGAUGCAGCUGAUUUCCUGGCUGGCACGUUAUAUGAGAACAUCAUACAUCAGGCUAACUUAUUAGACUGUGAAUUGAAGAAGGAUGUUACUGGAGCUUCAAAUGGUUUCUAUCCGCAUGGGCCCUUUCAAUAUGCUCUUGAAGGAGCUAGGAAUAGUCAUGUGGAGAAACCACCAGCAGGAACUUUUAAUAAGAAAAAUUCAAGCAUCGACAACUCCACUAAGAAUGGCCCUUUUCCUGAUUCACCUGAUUCAUUUAGACACGGGAUGCUAGACAGCCUUCAGCGUGCUGUUAGUCAGGCAGAGAAUGAUUUCUUGUACAUGGUGGAGCAGGAAAUGGAUGAUCGCCCUGAUCUAGUCUCUGUUGGUUCUUGUGUCUUGGUUGGCCUUCUUCAUGGGAUGGAUUUGUAUACUCUUAAUCUGGGUGAUAGUAGAGCUGUAUUGGCAACAUACGAUGAGGAGGACAGUGAGAUGAAGGGCUGCGGGCGACUGAAAGCUAUCCAGCUCACUGACUGUCACACUGUCGACAAUGAACUUGAAAGAACUAGAGUGUUGUCUGAUCAUCCGGAUGACCCGGCAGUGAUUGCAGGUGGAAAAGUUAAGGGAAAAUUGAAGGUCACUAGAGCUUUGGGAGUUGGAUACUUGAAAAAAAAAAACCUAAACGAUGCACUGAUGGGUAUUCUUCGAGUUCGUAAUCUCAUAAGCCCUCCAUACAUUUCUAUCGAACCAUCGCUGAAUUUGCAUAGAAUAUCAAAAUCGGAUCACUUUGUUAUCGUUGGCAGUGAUGGUUUGUUUGAUUUCUUCAGUAAUGACGAGGCAGUAAAGCUUGUCCAUUCUUACAUCCUGAGCAACCCAAACGGCGAUCCAGCAAAGUUUCUGUUGGAGCAGCUUGUAGGCCGAGCUGCUGAUUGUGCAGGUUUCAGCUUGGAAGAAUUGAUGAAUAUCCCUGCUGGUAGGAGGAGAAAAUAUCAUGAUGAUGUGACUUUAAUUGUGAUUAUACUUGGAGCAAACCAGCGAACCUCAAAGGCAUCAACUUGGGUAGCUUUAGGGACUUCUUGAACGGACGUUGUUGUAGCCAUUAGAGGCUUUUGAAGAAGACCGAGCAGCUUGUAAAAGUAAAAGAAUGAAUGGAUGAUAGUUUAAAGGCUUUCAAGUGGUUUAAAAAGAAAGCAAAGAACAGAUUGCGUUGAGUUAAUCCCCCCUAUUAAUUGUCCGUACGUGAUUGUAGUCAAUUAUGUAACAAUAUUUCAGUACUGUGGAUGACACAGAGACACAUUAAAGCAUUUUUACUUUCUAUGUAUGGUCUGAUUUUUUUUUUUCUUUCUCGAUAUAUUUAGGUAUCCUAUCCUUCCACCAUCAACCUUGACAAGAUUUUAGACUAUCAUUUCUAUGCUAUUAAGAGCAUCAAGUUUGGUUUGGUAACAAGUUUGAGGCAUGAUCUUCAUGUAUAAUUUAUACUUUAUUAUUGUUGGUAUGGAUUUUGAUGAACUUUAAGACAGAAAUCUCAUGAGUCAUUUUAUUGUAUAUACACAAACAAAUAAGAACCACCAUACAUGGGUGGAGGCAUCUAUGUUUGUGUGGAGAAAACCGAGAGGUGGCCGGAGAAAUGCUGGCAUCUUAAUAAGGCACUGUGGUGGCUGGUGGGAGAAAUUUAAAGAGGUUUGUUUUUGCUAUAUCGUCUGAUGGUGUCAUCUCCGAGAUAGUACAACUAGGUAGAGAGAUCCUCUAUUAAAUAGGCAAAGCACCUAAUCUCUUUCUCUUCAAUCAGAACUUUGGGGCAUUCUAACACGUAAACAAUUUCUUGGAAACAUAAGAAUGUCAAGGUCGAUGGAGAAAGCAAAUAAUUAAUUAUGCAAACGGCUAUUAAUGGUGGAGGUUGAGAAUUCAUGGCUCCUCACUGGCCAUUAUUCAAUCGGUUGUUAGAACUUUCAAUUAUAUUUCUCUUUUCAAGACUAAACAAAUCCCCAGCUUGGUGCCUGUCAAGAUGGUUUCUUCCUUGUUCUCAAGCAAAUAUCAAUUCAAACAGGUGAGCGAGGAUAACAUGUCCUGCAAUAACACCAGGAUAAGAGCAGCAUGUGUAUGGAGUCAUAGGAAGCAGAAACAAAGGUUGAAGUAUAAAUUUCAAGGAAAAGGGAAGAUAACCCGAAAUGCGUCCCUUUUAACGAGGCAAGUGAUGUGCAUCCUGAUCUAAUUUCCUUAUCCAAAGUCAAAUCAAGCAGUAGUGUUAUCACCAUUAUUAAAGAGGAAUUGAAGAGACCUAUGAAGUUAUGAUUGCAGUCAGCACUCAGAAUCUCAGACAAAGUAUCCUCUAUGAUUGCCUCACUUUCCACAAAUCAAGGACGCAAUAACCUCAAACCAAAUGGUUUAUGCAGGUAAUGUGUCCUUGAUUUGUGGUCGUUCCAAUGGGUGCUACACUACUGCAAUGCUAGUCCAAGAGCAAAGACAAGACAAACAUGCGCCAACAAGUGAACGAGGUAAAAGGUUACCCAGCACUCAUCUUUUAAGUGACUUGUGGUAGUUUUAUGGUUGCUCUUUAACAAAUGAGUUUUUAAAAAAAAGCUAAAAAUUAUAAUUUUUUUUUAUAAUCAAGAUUUUAAGAAAUUUUUUUAAGUGAAAUCCAUAAAAGGAAUGAAGAAACUAUAGCAAGGACAAAAAACAGUUUCAUCCAUACCGCACUAUCAAAAGAACCCUAAAAGUUCCAGCACAUUAACAGAGAAAAAAAAAAGGAAUGAAGAAAUAAAGAAUGCCAAAAUUUACUUUAUAAUGGGCCUCCCCAGGAUGAUAAAUAUUCAAAUCUAUGAAGAGUGCUUUAAAUGAAAUUAUUCGGCAAAUGAAGAAUGACAUGAAUUUCAGAAAACAGUUCCUGCCUUCUAGUAGAAUCUAAGUACGUAGUUGAAGAGUUUGACUCACAGCUGCCUGAGAAAGCGCCAGGAAAAGAAAUUGAUCGAUAGAUGUAAGAG